AUGAGAAAACAUACUACUCGCUUGUCCCCAUCAGUAGUAUCACCGCUACGCACCUACCCCUUUAAAGGAAUGAUCAUUCCACCUUACCAUCCACAUUCCAGCGGUCUGACGAUACGACUUGUUCAUUUUAGUGAACAAAAAGUGAUGAAGCCGAGAGGCAGCGGAAAAAUCCAACACUUUUUGGCGCUCAUACCAGACGAUACAAAAUCAACAAAUGAGGUGAUCUACGACCAGUGCACUCAUCUGCACACCGAUUGGUUUUUCAUGGGAAACGCCCCUGAAACCCAGACGAAUCACUCGCAUGCCACAGAAGCACGGCCGAUGACGACGGGCUUUCACCUAACGUCGAUUAGAGAGCCCGGAUCAAGGUCAAAAGUGCGCUUUAACAACUGCGAUGCUCCUUGUAACUUUUGCUCACGCUUGAUCGGUGUCGAGUAUCUAGGUUCAAUUACAUUCCUGAAGCACUACCAAGAGCAUGCAGGAAAUCAGAAGAUGACUGAUGCUUCUCCG